AUGGAUAUCUGUAAUGAAGCAGAGUCAGGUAAUACUGCCAUUACUCUGCAAAGAAAUUUAGAUGAGUUUAUAUCCAACUUAAAGAGGGAAGAAGAUGACCUUAAACAACAAUUACAAUAUCUGAAGUCACGAGGCAAGAAGCACAAGCGAGUUGUUGAUGAAUGGUUUGACAAACUACAAAAUAUGAAACAAAGAGCAAUGGAUAUGAAAAACUCACUGAAUGAGUCUGGUUGGCCUAAUUUCAAUGUGCAAGGAGAAAUAAGAGAUCUGAUUAAAGAAAUGAAAAAUCAUAAGAAAUGCAAGCCUAUGGUGCUUUCAAAUGAAUUUGUUGGUAAGAAAUUCGAAAGGAAUGUGAAGAAGAUGUGGAAGUUUUUGCAAGAUGAUCGAGUUUUCAUUAUUGGUAUAUAUGGAAAAGGAGGGGUCGGGAAAACAUUUUUAGCAACUUAUAUCCAAAGUGAGAUAAAAAGAAGCAAAGUUUUUGAAAAUGUCUUAUGGGUAACUCUUUCUCAUGAUUUCAAUAUUUUCAAAUUGCAAGAGUACAUUGCAAAACAAAUAAAGGUAAACCUUUGCGAAUAUGAUGAUGAGAAUAGUAGAGCAAUAAUUUUAGAAUCAGAGUUGGGGAAAGGAAAAAACACAAUAAUUAUUUUGGAUAAUAUUUGGAAAUAUAUCGAUCUAGCAAAAGUGGGAAUUCCUCUUGGAGUUGGAGUAAAGGGUAUUAAAGUGGUCAUGACAAGUCGCUUGAGACAUGUGUGUCAAGAGAUGCAGUGCUUAUCAGAUAAUAUGAUAGAAGUGGGGGUUUUCUAUGAUGAUGAAUAUGAAGAGGCUUGGGAGUUGUUUUUACUAGGACUUCAACACUUUGGGACACCUCCCAAACUUUCUCCUCAAGUGCGAGAUAUUGCAAGAUGUGUUGUAAGUAAAUGUGAUGGUUUACCACUUGCAAUACGUGUGAUGGCUCGAACCAUGAGAGGGAAAACUAGCAUCCAUGAGUGGAGAUAUGCCUUGAAUAAAUUUGACAAAUGGGAAAUGGGAGUGACGAUGCGGGAAGAAGUGUUAACUGUACUAAGACGUAGUUAUGAUAAUUUAGCAGGCAUGAAAAAAAGGUUCUUGCACAGUGCAUUGCUACCUAAAUUUUUUGUUAAAGAAGAUUUGAUUAUGAUGAUGGUUGACAUGGGACUCUUAAAUGGAGAUAGGAGUUUGAAGGAAAUAUUUGACGAGGGAAAUGACAUAGUGAAUGAACUCAUAAACCAUUCAUUAUUGUUGGAGCAUGAUUCAAUUCUAAGAAUGCAAGGUCUAGUGAAGAAAAUGGCGUGGGAUAUCUUGAAGGAGAAUAAUGCUAACAUGAUGCUAAAAUGCAAUCAAUAUAUGAGAAACAUAUAUGAAAUACUGGAAUGGUCAACUGAUUUGGAAACCGUUUCUCUUGCUAAUAAUAGUAUAGAAGAAAUUCCAUAUGGCACAUCUCCUUAUUGUCCACGCUUGUCCACCUUGCUUUUAUUCGACAAUUCAAUUGGACAUAUUCCGGAGAGUUUUUUCACAUACAUGAAUGCUUUAAAAACAUUUGGUUUAUCAGAAAAGCAUAACUUAACAUGUUUGCCUCGUUCUUUAUCGAACGUGAGGUCUCUCACUUCUUUGAUGCUCCAUGAAUGUUCAAAAUUAAAUGAUAUACCUCCAUUAGGAGAGCUACGAUCAUUGUUGAGGUUGCAGAUUUCAGGAUGUUCCAUCCAAGCAUUACCGGAAGGUUUGAAAAAUUUAAUAAACUUGAAAUGGCUAGAUCUGUCCAAUAAUGUCAAUUUGGAAUUGGUACUAGGAAGUUUUCUCUCUAGUUUGACCAACAUUCAAUACCUGAAUCUUUGGAUUUGUUCAGGAGGUAUAAAAGUAGAAGAUGUAAAAAGGAUGACUAUGCUAGAAUGUUUUGCAGGAACAUUUGUCGAUAAGGAUAAUCUAAAUCGUUAUGUGCGAGAAAUCCUGGACAAUGGUAAUGGACCUCAAACUUAUUUAAUUCAUUAUCUAGAUUGGAAGCAAAAUGGACGUAAGAUGCCUCUUUGGGGUCGUGAAUAUCGACUUUCCACUUUUAUGUGUCGAACUAUGUCCUUUAGAGAUUGCAAGGAAUUGUCACAUGUCCUCCCAAGAGACCUUAUGAAAUUAUUAUUGGACUGCAAUAACCAUUGGGUAUGCGUAUGUGAUGCUUUGUCAUCAAAUGAUAGUUCUCCUUUGGAGGAAAUUUGCAUUCGUGAUUGGACAAAAUUGACAAGCUUGUUUUGUUCAUCUUGUUCCUUGUGCACCCGUAUCCGAAACUUUCAAUCUUUAAAGCUUGAUUAUUUGGAAAGUUUAACCACCAUUUUCAAGGAGUUGCCUUCGAGAGACAGAAAGAUCGAACUCCUGACUGAAGUUCCGGACAAAGGGAAGAAACGAAAACAUCUCAAGAACUUCAGGAGACUACUUCAAGGCAUCAAGACACAAUUUUUGCAAGGGAUUGCUUCAAAUGUGUACGUUCUAUAUGACUAG